AUGGUCGAUACACAUCCGGACGUAUAUCCUGCUGACUUUAUCAAGGCUGGCAACGAGUUGACUCAUCUUGACAAGGACCAGUCCAAACCGGCACUAAUCAUAUUGAACCAGCCCAUAGCAGACACAAGGGUGCUAGGUCGCUUGUGGAAUCAUACCAGCUAUAGACUGUGUGCUGAUGGCGGUGCCAAUCAACUCUAUGAUCUUUUCACCCAGAACGACCCAUCGCAACUCGACCGAUAUGUAAGAAGAUUCGCAGCCUUUCUCUAG